UACACCACUGUCCACUGCUGUCACUGGCUGUCACUUACUGAUGUAAACAUAUGACAGUAGUUGCAACGUUGAACUUGCAAAGGGCAAAGUGCAAGAGCAAUUGCAAUUGUAUAGUAAACAGGUGUGCAAUAUUGCCUGUCAAUGUAACAUUCAUACGUUGUUCCUUAUGAAAUUAAUUUUAUAUGAAUCGAACAAAACACUACAUUUCCUUAAUGAUUAUUAUUUACCUUGAACAAACCUCUAAACGUGAUGUUCAAUCUAAUUUUGUUUAACCAAACCAGUACUGUACUUGUUUAUCAGUUAGUAAGAGAAUCAGUUAAUAUACGAGAAUGAGGACUAGAAAAACAUUCGCGAUUCUUGGAGCAGGAUUAAUUUUAGCCUGCUGCAUUAUGAUAUAUUUAAUGAUGGAUUUAGAACUUUUUCCACCUGGACAAGGAUCCAAACUUUCUGUUAAUGAUAAUCAGUGGUUACACUUUGAAAACAGACUAGCAAAGCUAGAAAAAGAUUUCAAUAAACAUCACGAAGUUAUGAAUGCUUUAAGAGAAGUGGCUGAAGCAAAAAAUUUUGUUCCCGUACCUCAGUCUGUGAAUCAUUAUAAUCGCUCUAUUUUUUCGAGUUCUUCUCAUUUAGGAAAAGUACUUACAUGUAAUUUUAAUAUACAAAAAGUACCAGAAGUAGAUGUACAAAUGUUAGAGAUGUAUAAACAAUUAGAAUUUGAUAAUGUGGAUGGUGGGGUUUGGAAACAAGGAUGGGAUAUCACAUAUGACGAUAAGCAAUGGCAUCCAAAUAGAAAGCUAAAAGUUUUUGUAGUACCACAUUCUCAUAAUGACCCUGGUUGGCUUAGCACCUUUGAGAAAUAUUAUACGCUUCAAACGCGAAAUAUAUUAAAUAAUAUGGUAUCAAAAUUGGUAGAAGAUAGGAGGCGUAAAUUUAUUUGGGCAGAAAUAUCAUUUUUCCAACUUUGGUGGGAGGAUCAAUCUAAAACAACGCGUAAUUUGGUUCGACGUUUACUUCACGAUGGCCAGUUGGAAAUUGUAUCAGGAGGAUGGGUUAUGCCUGAUGAAUCUGUGUCUCAUUGGAUGGCUCAACUCACGCAACUUACAGAAGGUCAUCAGUGGUUGAAAUAUAAUUUAGAUUAUACACCAAACUCAGGUUGGGCUAUAGAUCCAUUUGGUCUGUCUCCAACUAUGCCGUAUCUUUUGAAGAAUGCUGGAUUGGAAAAUGUAUUGAUACAAAGAGUCCAUUACUCUGUUAAAAAAAAAUUAGCUAGACAAAAACGUUUAGAAUUCCGAUGGAGACAAUUAUGGGAUAACGACGGAUCAACGGAAAUAUUCACCCAUGUUAUGCCAUUUUAUAGUUACGACGUUCCGCACACUUGUGGUCCAGAUCCAAAAGUAUGCUGCCAAUUUGACUUCUUUAGGCUUCACAGUUUUGGAUUAAUUUGUCCAUGGAAGAUAGCUCCGCGAGCUAUAACUAAAGCAAAUGUUGCAGAAAGAGCUGGCCUUUUAUUAGACCAAUAUCGUAAAAAAGCUCAACUUUUUAAAACAGAUGUAGUAUUAGCACCACUUGGAGACGAUUUUAGAUACACUCACUUUACUGAGUGGGAUGCUCAAUACAACAAUUAUCAAAAACUGUUUGAUUACAUGAAUCAGAAUCAACAAAUGAAUGUCCAAAUUAAAUUUGGAACAUUAAGUGAUUAUUUCGACGCUAUUAGAGAGAAAUAUAAUUUAAAUGAAUUUCCUACUUUGUCAGGAGACUUUUUCACAUAUUCCGACAGAGAUGAUCAUUAUUGGAGUGGAUAUUAUACAUCAAGGCCCUUCCACAAGCGACUAGACCGCGUGUUACUGAGCUUAUUGAGAGCAUCAGAGAUAUUAAAUACCAUAGCUUGGGCUAAAGGUAAUAACAAAUUAGUGGAAGGAUCUCUUGCACAACGGUUAACCAAGGCAAGGAUGUGGCAUUCUUUGUUUCAACAUCAUGAUGGUGUUACUGGAACUGCUAGAGACGAAGUAGUUAUAGAUUACGCAAAGAAGAUGAUAAUGGCUUUAAACAAUUCUGCUCAUGUACUUCAGCAAUCAGUUGUACAUUUAUUAAAAACUUCCGAAGAAGCUACAGUCGAUACAGAUGCCGUGUAUAUUUCACUCGAUGAAACUAGAUUACGUCAUACUAGCGCAGGAGACAAACAUGUACUUAUACUUGGGGAUGAAAAUCCCGUAAAAAAAGUUAUUCUAUACAAUUCUCUUCCAAGACAAAGGGUGAAAGUACAGACGUUAAUUGUCUCAACACCAUUUGUCAAAGUUACGGAUCGUAUGGGUCAACUAGUGGAAUGUCAGAUCUCUCCAAUUUGGAUAGGCCCUGCUGCGUUAACUGCUGUUAGAUAUGAGUUAUCCUUCUUAGUAACAGUACCUGGAUUUGGUCUUACAACAUAUAUAGUUCAUAUUCUACGUAAAUCAUCAUUUCCACCGGAAGUACACCUGGCAAACGUGACUGUUUUUAACACAGAUAUAAAUCUUCCAAAAAUACCAGGUUUCAAUCAAAUCCAAAUAGUAUCGAAUUUGCAAGAAUUUUCGAUUUCGCAACGACCAGAGUUGUCAGCAUCGUUCGGAAAUUCGGGUCUCUUGAAAGCUUUGAGAGUCGGUAACACAACGUUUCCAGUUCAUCUGGAAUUUGUCAAGUAUGGUACUAGAGGCUCUGGUAAAGAUAAAAGCGGAGCCUAUUUAUUUUUACCCGACAAACCGGAACCAGAUUUGGUAUUUACGGACAAUAAGUGUAUCGUACACUUGAUAACUGGACCCAUAGUGUCCAAAGUAUUUGUAGAAUUGGCUCAUGUGCGUCAUACUUGUACUCUGUAUAAUUCAUCUGGCGGCGAUGGGCUUGGAUUACAUAUACUUAACGAAGUUGAUAUAUCAGAGACACAAAAUUAUGAACUUGCCAUGAGACUAAGUACAGAUAUAACUUCAGGAGACCAGUUCUUUACAGAUUUAAACGGGCUUAAUAUGAUUAAGCGCCAAAGGUUUCCAAAGCUUCCUACACAAGGAAACUAUUAUCCAAUGGCGGCGAGUGCGUAUAUAGAAGAUAAGAAAGCUAGAUUAACAGUAGUAACAGCACAACCAUUAGGUGUAAGUUCUAUGGCGUCUGGACAAAUCGAAAUCAUGCAAGAUAGAAGACUACUUCAAGAUGAUAAUAGGGGAUUGGGGCAAGGUAUAACUGACAACCUAUUGACAAAUCAUAUGUUCAUGUUUGUUCUUGAAAAGAAAAAGUCUCCUUGCCCGUCUCCGUCGCCGGCAGUUAAUCAUCCUGCAGGAUUAUUAUCACUAUACGCUCAUUUAGCUUCGGAAGAACUACUACAUCCAAUAGUCGCAAUGCAUCCGCAUUCUUUUCCUUUCGAAUUGAACGCGCAUUUUUCGCCACUUCGUUACGAUCUGCCUGCAGAUUUGAGUAUCGUCAGCUUUCGAGUGUUUCCUAUUCCAGAAGGAGCUGGUAAAGGUAUCGGUAUGGUCUUGCAUCAAGCAGCUUUAGAUAUGUGUUGGAAUGAUAAUUCAUAUACGCGCUAUUUUAAUAUCUCCGAAACAGGAGAAGUCGAUUUAACAAAGUUCCUUAAUUAUACGGAUGAUUGGAUCAUUAGUAAAGCUCCUAUCACAUUCCACAAUGUAGGGCCAUCUUUGAAGUCACCUAUCGUUAAUUUAUGUCCGCACCAAAUAUUACCGAUUCUGUUUCAUAGAACACAAUCUUAA